AUGGCCGCCAUAUCCAGCCUCGUUUUGAGCGACAGUUUACCACCAAAGGACCGAUCAGAAGAGUCGGACACCCCCACAACUCCUAGGCCGAGCCAUUUUCCUAUCAUAAUCGCCGACGGAAUCCAGUCCGGCCUCGGCGACCCUUCAUUUAGGUCAUCACAGCCUUCGAGUCAAGGUCCCCAUGAAGAUGGCCCAAUUCCACAUCACGAACAUACGAUGGACAGGGGCAGCAGCGAUGACCGAAUGUCCGUAUCCAUGGACAUGGACGACGACGAUGAGCAGGAUGGCUCCGAUAACGACGGCGAGGCAGGUGACGCAGACUCUGCCUCUCGUAAGAAGAAGGGCCAAAGAUUCUUCUGCACCGGUUAUCCCCCCUGCAACUUAAGUUUUACCAGAAGUGAACACCUGGCCCGUCAUAUCAGAAAGCAUACAGGUGAACGGCCAUUCCAGUGUCACUGUAAUCGCAGAUUUUCUCGCCUGGACAACUUACGCCAACAUGCUCAGACCGUCCACGUCAACGAAGAGAUUCCGACAGAUUCUCUUGCCGCGACAGGAACACGGUUCCAGCGACAGAUUCGCACCGACCGUGUACGGCCCACUGGCCGUCCACGCACCGGUACUGCUGGAAGUUCUGGAGGUCAUAGUCGCGGCCAUAGUCGCAAUCUCUCCGCCUCCAGCGUGGGUUCCACUUCUUCGAACUACAGUCUUGUUACAGAAGCCAAACGCAGGCCUCCGCCCCUUCUCAUGGCAACCGAUUCUUUGAAUAGACCAAACUUGGGCAUUGAAACCCCGCAUACUCCUCCAACCCAGUAUCGCGGAUUUGAUGGAGCGAGCACCAGUGGUUUGAGUACACCAACCUCCGCUAAUUUCUCAACAACGACUCCUGGUAGCCCUGGUUUUUUGUCUUCGAUGGGCUCUCCAGUGUCCUCGACUUCUCGUGGAGGUGGUUUUCUAGGCUCGAGACCACCAACGCGCCGACUCAGUGUGCCAUCCGGCCCCAAUCCAUAUCAAAACCACUACCCUCCUGGCUAUCCAAUGACUUACAUAAAUCAGAUGGGACCACCAAGUUCUGGCGCGUCAUCGAACUCAGGCGCUUUGGCCAGCCCUACCUCGACUUCAUUUACAAUUGCUCCGGGACAAUACGUGCCACCAGGAGAGGACUGGAGAAGGCGGACAUGGCACGCAUCCACCUUUCCAGCCUCCAAUUUGAAUUAUCACCGUCCCGCAACAAGUGGAUUGACGUAUUCCCAAACACCUGACGCACCUCAGCCAGCUUAUGCCCAGCAUGCCACAGCCGCGGCAGGGCAAGCACCUCGACUUCCAGGUAUCGAGAGCUUUGACCAUGUUCAACAUCGUCCGUAUACGCCACCCCGUCGUCAACCGAGCCCGAUGCAACUGGAUUCCAUACCAACGGAUCCCCAGCUGUAUGCUUCUGCCCCUCCUCAUGAUCCUCGCAAUCGUCAGGGCCAUCUAUCGUGGGAAGGUCCUCGCACCAGCCAAUAUCCCGAACUUGAUGACACAGUAGACAAACGUCAGGUCACCGUUACUUGGGGACAGCAGACAAUUAACGAGAUCCAGAACGUCGGCAUGCGGCACCAGGAGGGCCAUCCAAAUAUGGACAUGGGGCCACCUACGUCGUCCAUCAACCAUUCCCAGCAGCAACCAGGCCUGGUACGAGAGGUUCCGGAUACCCCCGGUUCCGCUAAGCAGAGUAAGAGGCAGGCUUGGUACAAUGGACCGCUUCAUGCUGCUCGAACCUCUCCAGAAGAUUCGAGCAGCAGUGAUGGAGUCCCUACCCCAGGAAUGACGGCUGUCGAAGUGCAUCCAAUGAUUAUGCAUAGCAGUGGGUAUAUGGAACCCCAGCAGGGACCACUUGCUCCCGAGGGGCACCAGAAUGUAAGUUUUUACCAGAACAGAGCAAGGAUUCCAAAAGCGUAG